UGCAUCCGCAUUGAGUUGCAAUAGUUGAGCAUCGAGAUUUGCCAAGAUUAGACGCUUCCGCAAAGUAGGAAGCUUUGUGAAUUCGUGCUUAAACCCAGAACUAGAAAUGUUCGAAAUAGAUGCAAGCAUAGGUGCAACAUACGACGCCGAUUCUAAGGAAUGGCUGGGUCCGAAAUUCGUUGACUUUUACGAUCACAACGCAUCUGUGGGACGCAUACUCUUCGAGCAAAUGCGUCGUUGCCCACACAGCAUCUGUCAAAUAUCCGACUCUGAGCAGACAAGUUUGACCUACGAAGAAGCUUUGAUGCAGGCCAUUCGUGUUGCUGAACAUUUUCGCAAGCUGGGAUUGACGCAACGUGACAUUGUUGGUGUAGUUGCGCGAAAUACCACCCACUUGAUGGCUGUAGCCCUGGCAUGUUUCUUCAAUGGCAUCGCACUGCACGCGGUUAAUCCCAAUCUAGAGGAAAAGUCUGUGAAAAGUCUUUUCGAAACCACAAAGCCAAAGUAUAUAUUUUUCGAUGGACAGGACUAUGCGAAAGUCGAGCGGGCAACAAAUGAUUUGGAGACGAACUUAUACACCUUAAGUAAUCAUUUGUCGAAGGUACCGUCUGUGAAGGAUCUACUGAAACCGACAGGUUCGGAACAUACAUUUACACCUGCUAUUUUGGAGGAUGGACCAAAUCAAACUUUGGCUAUUUUGUGCUCAUCCGGUACUACAGGAGUUCCCAAAGCGGUAACCAUCUCCAAUCAUAAGCGGUUUUUCGAUAUGUUUCACUUUUUGAACUCAGAAGACGUAUUCUUCGUUUUAAGCACAUUGGACUGGCUUACUGGUUUAAUAAUGCUCAUCGCAAGUAUUGGCUUCGGCGCUAAGCGUAUUAUUACCGAACGACCAUUCGAUGCGGGAUAUUUUUUAAAACUAAUACCAGAAUACAAGAUCACAUUUACUAUUAUUGCCCCACCGUUAUUAGCUGUAUUACUUAAUCACCAAUCGAUUACCGUUGAAAAGUUAGACAGCCUACGAUACCUUUUGUAUGGCGGUGGUAAUUGCUCCACACAUAUACAGCAGGGGUUCCAAAAGUAUUUGAGCCACGCACGAAUGAUCUUCGCUUAUGGCUUAACCGAGUUCGAAGCUGUAUUGACGAUGAAUUGUAAGCUGUUGGAGAAACCGCAAGCUGUGGGGCGUCUACAACCAGGCUAUAAAGCCAAAAUUAUAGAUGAAAGUGGUAAACGCCUGAGCGCUGGAGAGGUUGGGGAAAUAUGCUGUCAACACAGUCGCCAAUGGUUGGGCUAUCACAACAAUAAUGUGGCGACAGAGGCGAUAUAUAAAACGGACGGUUGGUUCCAUACCGGCGAUCUGGGCUUUUUCGAUACGGAUGGAUAUUUGCAUGUGAUUGAUCGUAAGAAGAAUAUUCUGAAGUAUUUUGGUAUGCAGUACUGUACAAAAGAAAUCGAAGAGGUGAUUGUUCAAAUGCCACAUGUGACAGAGGUGUGUGUAUUUGGGAUAUCAAGGGACGAUGUGGGCGAUGCCGCGGCGGCCGCUGUCGUUAAAAUACCAGGUAGCUCUUUAAAUGCGCCAGAUGUGAUCAGGCAUGUGAAGGAGCACUUCGAGGCGACAUACAAGCAUUUACAUGGCGGUGCCGUCAUUGUGGAAGAGCUGCCGAAGUUGGGAAACUCCAAGCUAAAUCGUAAAGCAAUUAAGGAAAUGUUCCUUUCAUCCCAGACAAGGAACUCGAACACAGUAUUUUAAUUUCACCAUUAUGGCUCCACUUUUAAUUAAUAAAACUAGUAUUUAUAUGUAUU